AUGAAGUUUACUGCCGUCCUUUCCCUCCUCCCUCUUCUCCUCACCUCCUCCCUCGCCGCUCCCGUCGAGGUUGAGAUCGAGGAGCGUGCCGCAGCCGCAGCCUCCACCGUCUCGUGGGACGCCAAAUUCGACGUCGCAGGCAGCUCGAUGACAACCGUUGCCUGCUCCGACGGUACGAACGGUCUCAUGACAAAGGGGUACAGCACCUUUGGCUCGCUGCCUAGCUUCCCACGCAUCGGAGGCGCCCCUACCAUUCCCGGCUGGAACAGCCCGCAGUGCGGGGCCUGUUACAGUCUAGAAUACAAUGGCCGGUCUAUCUACAUCACUGCGAUUGAUGCCGCACCGGGUGGCUUCAAUAUCGGCAUGACAGCCAUGAAUACCCUGACCAAUGGACAGGCGGAGGCCCUGGGCAGGCUAAAGGAUAUUCGAUUUGGUUUCAUGAGGUGCGUUAAUGCGGACCUUAACGAGUAG